AUAGAGUACAUUUUACUCUGACAGAGUACAUGUGGUCCUUAUUGGACUCAUAAACUGUAGUUAUUUAACACUGAUGUUUUCGUUUAGUGCGUCAACGUGUCCAUAGAACGCGAUUUUAAAACAUGGAUGCAAGGGUCUGCUUGGUUUCUUGUAGACUACGGGUAUUGCAUGUGCUCUUGUGGUUUCUUGGCCACAUUUCUGAACUAGUAACCAUCUCGUAGAGGGUGGUCGGAUAAACAGGUCAGGGAUGAAUACCAUGCAUUUGGAACACAUGUAACCGCGUGCGCGGACUGAAGCAUUACUUCUAUGAAGCUGUCGACAUGAUACCCUGCCUAUUGCUGUUGGUGUGUGCUAUUACACUAGAUGCGGUCCAACAGUUUCCAGCGUUGAUGGAGGUGGAGGCUGGUCGUACCGCCAGGUUAAAAUGCAGCACGAAUGGGAUGCCUGCCACAUAUUGCUACACGAUUAUUUGGACUAGGGUCGAUUCCAAGACAAAUAAGCUUAUUUCCUUAAAGAACGCCCCUAAUUUUGUGAGCACCGUCGCCAGUGAACAAACCGAAUGCUCCUUCGACAUUAAAAACGCAACAGCUGACGACUCCGGGACUUACUACUGUUUGGUGGUGUACGGCAAAAUGGUCUACAUCGGCAACGGGUCAAAUGUAAUAGUGACACAAGGAAGAAAAACUGCACCCCCUCCAAUCGAAAUCCUCGGGCCGUCGGGCGACGUCCACGGAUCCUUUACCCGACUCUUGUGCAUGAUUGCCGGAGUCGUUCCGAAAGCUCGUAUGUUCUGGGUCAUAGACGGGCGAGAGAGAAGCGGAUUCACCGAUACCGUCUGGACAAAAUACGGCGACGAGGUCGUGGAGUCCACCCAAAGCCAGGUGCUGGUUCCUGCGGAGCAGUGGGAGAGAGGAGCCGUCUGCACCUGCGUGGUGGAGUUUGACGGGAGGAACACUUCGAAAAGCGUGCAAAAAGGAGCAUGUUCUGUAAUAACAGACCACUGGGAGGGAUGCUAUGCCACUGUGGCUGCGUACAGGGUUGUGGUGACUACCCUCUGUCUUCUCUCGUGGACAAUGACCAUCACAGCGGGCAUUUGUUUCAGGAGAAAAAGAAAUCACGAAGAGAAGAGGAGUAGGAGGAUCACAGAGAAGUAAAUUUGAAGGUGUUAAGGCACGUAGCAGGCCCUCUCAUCCAGCACCACUUACACGGUUUACUUUUUUUUAUUUUUUAUUAAUUUUUUACAUAUAAUCCAUUUAUACAGUUAGAUGUAUAGUGACGGGAUUCAGGGGUUUAGUACUUUGAUCAGUGGUACAAUGGCGUUGCCUCACCUUGGAAUAGAGCCUACGACCUUUGGGUUGUGUUCUACACCUGAAAGGAAUAAAACCUUUCGAGAAUAAAUUGAGUCUUGUUCAGCAACAGGGAGCAACAGGGCUGGUUUUCUUGGAUGAGAAAUUUAUAUACCAGCUUAACCCUUUCAACAGUAGGUUUUUUGGAAUGUUUUUUUUGUUCUUCUAAAUUCUAAUCCAGUGUUCUAGAACCCCAUUUCUUUAAAUUACCAGUAGUGAUUGUUACAUCAGAAUUAAAGUGUCCAGUUAAGAACAUUCUAAUUGUAUAUUUUAUAUCUUACACCUUAAAUGGGAUAUGGCAGUGCUAAAAAAAAAAGGGGGGGGGGGGGGGCUUAAACUGUCAGACAUUUUUCCCAUGGCAAAUGCUAACAGUAUUUCUAAUCAAAAAAAUAUCUGUUAACUUACAUGUGUUAACCUUGUUUCUUUAGCAGUGGUUCAGUAGAAGCUUGGUUAUUUUUAUUCAGAUUGUGACAAUGUAAUCUCAUGUUUCUUUUAGCAUUGUGCACUGUUGCUGAUCAUGUUUCUGUCAUCAAAUGGCUAGACUAAAAAAAAAAAAUUUUUUCAAAUCAAAGAUCAUUUGUUCUUUUGUUGUGGUUUUGUUUGUGAUAAUCAAUGUGCACAAGCCGCUAGCACGUUUAAUCAAUUAAUAAUAUACUGACAAAUAUAUUGUUUAGCAAUCAUUUCUUGACCUUAGACAUAAAAUUGAAGUCAAGUCAAGUCAGUUUAUUUAUAAAGCACAUUUAAAAACAACAGAAGUUAACCAAAGUGCUGUACAAGGAAAAUAAAAAUGCAUAAAAUAAAUUAAAUAAAAAGGUAUAAAAUACAAUACACAAAGACAACAUGCCAAGCAUUAAGACCCAAUGUAAAAAGGUGUCUUAAUACGGGAUUUAGAAGAGUCAGUGGAGGGGGAAGACCUAAUAGAAAAUGGUAGACUAUUCCAAAGCCUUGGGGCAGCAUUGGAGAAGGCACGGUCGCCCUUGGUUUUAAACCGGGACCGAGGAACAGACAGGAGCAAUUGGUCAGAGGAUCUAAGAGGCCUGGAGGUGGAAUAGGGGCAAAAAAUGCAGUGAAAGGCACUUCAAAUAUUGAGCAUUUCUUGUUAAAAUUCAUAACGCUUCAUAUCACCACCAUGGCUCUCAAAGUACUAGUUUAGGUCUACAACUGCAUUAUAUAUUUUAGGAAAGUUAUUAUUACUGAAUUGGAGAGGCUGGAAUUACACCCUAGACAGGUCUCCAAUCUAUCACAGGACUAGAAAAAAAUUACUGACAUAAAACACGUUUAUAAAUGGAAUACUGUAUAAAAUAAUACAAACCGUGAGUUAAUUCGUUUUUUUAAAUUGUUCUAGUGAAGUUCAGAAAAUGUACUUUCGGAAACAUUUUGACAGUUCUAUAUUAUACCAGUAGAGGUCACUAAUUACAUCCCAUCAUGAACAGAAAGGUUUCUUUGAAAAUACUAAGUUAUACUUUAUUGUACUUUUGAUACCAUUGAACCCAUUAAAAACAUGGAAACUUCUUAUUUUAACGGAUUGUAUUAUUUAUUUAAUGAGGAGAAACCGAAAACCAACGUCACAGCGUAUUUAUAUCAUCAUAUAAUCCUAUCGUCUCAGCCCAAGGCCAAGGGUGAAGAUCUCACCGAAAUUGAGAUACAUUUUAAUAUAGUUCGUUUUUUAGUAACUUAUCUUUAAGAUAACUCAACAAGCUGCGACGAGACUUGAUUAAACGACGUGUAGCAGGCACGAUUUGAACAUCACACUUAUGGACAUUUAUACUGAUAACUGCAUCAUAUAAUCUGCUGUAUGAAACAAAAAUACAAAUACCAGAAAUUUAACUGAGCACGACUGGGCUCUAGAACUGAAAACUAAUCUAACAAUUUAUUACACUGGUCUUCCGCUGUUUGUAAUUUAUUACAAACUGCUUGUGGUAUUGUCACAAAAACUUAAGCACAUAUGAGCAGCACUUGCCUAAUCCUGUUUGUAUUUGGCGCCGUGUUCUAAUUCUCAACGUUUUCCCACACUGCGUAAUUCCGACUUUAGUUUUAUUUCAGGGUGCUGUGUUUAAAGUUUAACUCUGUCCAAUGUCUUUUUUUUCUUCUUUUUUUCCCGUCUGCUUCUGAGUCUUGCCUGUAGUUCGUAUCCACCUUCCACCCCUAGGGCCCGCGUUUAAUAGAAAUCCUUAGUGGAAAUUCAUGAGAGGACGAGAAGCACUCCGCGCAGAUUCCAAACCUUUCCUGUCACCCGCUUUCCGUCGGAAGGAGCGGCAGUUAGCCCAAUCUCCGCUGCACGCAGCUACUUUCCCAAGCGCGCUAAGCACUUGAUCGAACAGACUCGAUGAAAGUAGCCGACACGCGUUUAAGAGAUGCCAUUAUUUUGAAACCCGCGUCGACAUUUUCACGGUGUUAUUGAUCAUUGUUAAUAUUUUUUUGGGCGACACUUUUAGCUAAUUUCACUCGCCCUGGGUUU